AUGGUUUCCAAGACUCUUUUCACUGCUGCCGUUGUUGCUGCUGUUGGCGCCAAUGCCCAGCUUGACGGUAUUAUUUCUUCAAUUGCAGCUCAGAUUUCCAAUGGCCUUGUUUCUGGCAGAAAGGAUGGCGUUCCUGAAUCCCAGGCUGCCUCUGAGGUUGGUGAGAUUUUGAGCGUUAUCAACCGUAACUCUGAUGUUCAGAAUCUCUUUUCUGAGGCUGGAGGUCUUGUUCUUGGUGGCAUUAACUCAAAUGGUGUUAUUUCAUUUGCUUCUGCUGCUCAAGCUUCUCUUGCUGCUCUUCAGGGAUCUGAAGAUGGUAAGACUUUGGAGGCUUUGAUUUCCUCCCACGGUUCUGAUUUGGACGGACCUAAGGCUUACACUAUUAUUACCAAUAAUCUUUCACCUGUUUUGAAUUUGGUUAUCCCCCAGAUUUCUUCUCUUUCUGCUGGUGAUCAGAAUGUUGCUUCUGCCGUUAACCAGCUUACUGAUGCCGCCAAGGGUGUUGUUGCAAAGUAUGGUCUUGAUGGCUCUUCUGCUGCCCCUGCCACUAGUGCAGUUUCUUCUGUUUCUGAGACUGCCAGUGUUGUUGUUUCUUCUUCAACUAUUGUUUCUUCUUCAGUUGUUGCUGUUUCUUCAAGUGUAGCUGAAUCAUCUAUUGCCAGUGGUUCUGUCAGCCCCUCUGUUGUUUCUUCAGUCUCUACUGUUGUCAGCACUGCUUCUGCCGCAAGCUCUGCUGCCACUGCUUCUGACUCUGGUGCUGUUGUUACCACUACACACACUGCUUCUGCUACCACUCACACUAGCAGUGCAUCUCAUUCUGCUUCUUCUUCUGUUCCUCAGGUUAAUGGUCAGGGUCAGAAUACUGUCCAGAUCAUUGCUCUUGGUGGUGCUGCCGCUGCCCUCUUUCUUCUUUAA